AUCUGAAUGGAGUCCAUUGGUCUGGGAUCCUCACGGCUGUAAGCAGUCGUGGAGUGAUCUUCAUCGCGUCUACUUCUGCAGCUCCAGAAAGGAACUGGCCUGACAGGUUCAUCGACUCAGAAUAAGGAACCAAAGGAGGAAGGGAGAAGAGACUACAAAGAAGGAAGACGAAAACAGAGCAAAAUGAAACUGGUAGCUAAUGUAAUAAGAGCAUCUCUGGGUGGCGCUAGGUCCUUGCGUGCACUUUCAACUGCUAUGCCAAAAACGGAUAAUGUGAAACCUACAGAGAAAGAAUCAACCGACCUCCACAAAAUUGAGACCAACUACAAGAGUCCCUUCUCGCUCUUCAAAGAUUGGUACAAAGAUCAUGAGAUUCCCGACAACCAAAUCGCAUCAAAAGCUCUUACACUCUCCACCGCUAAUAAACAAGGGCAAGUGAGCUCCAGAACUCUUAUACUGAGAAGACUUGACGAAGAUGGCUUUGUUAUCAUGACAGAUAACAGGAGUCGAAAGGCUAAAGAUCUGAAAGAGAACCCAUAUGCUUCAAUGGUGUACUUGUGGGUGACCAUGCAAGAUAGCCAGAUUCUAGCUAGACAGGUAAGAGUGGAAGGUGACGUGGUCCAACUGCCAACUGACAAUAUGGCGGAGAUUUUCGAAAUCGAGCCUCUCUUCUGCAAAAUUCGCGCCCACAUCUGUCAUCAGGGCAAGACUGUCGACUGGAAGCAGAUGAAAGACCACCACGACAAACUUCACCAGGAGGUCGAGAACAACAACCUUCAACUGGAGAAGCCUGAACAUGUUGUGGCCUACAAGAUCUUCCCCUACACAAUGGAGUUUUACGAGUCACUUGGCCAGACAAUCGCGGAUCGACUUCUUUAUGUCAAGAAUGGAAACGAAUGGGAAAUCAAGAGAUUGGCCGCUUAAACAGAGAGAGAGAGAAAGUCAAUACUCCGAUAAUAAUUCUUCAAUGAAUUCUUACAGACCUAUGUGUUCAUCGCUUCAUCCUUACAAAAUAAUAUUUAUU